AUGCCUUCCAGAAUCUUUGUCAACAAGGCGUCUAUCCCAGAAAGGGCCAAAGAUGCAAUCAACUGGUGCUUUCUCCACCUCGCGGCUUUCCCAAUUCUCGCCAUCGAAGGUUGGUUCAGCAAAGAAGAAGGCAAAAGCGAAGUCAAGGCCAAGUUCAGGGGCAAGCAUGAACGAGAAAAACUGAACACCACCUCGACACCAGGUUUCCUUUUUUGCGGGUGUGUCCUCCACUCAAGUCUUCUCUCACUCUACUACCCAAGUGACUGCCCUUCAUCCCUCAUCACCACUCCCAAGGCCCUAUCUCAACUAUCUACAACUACCACCAACCCAACCGCCACCAUGGGAUUCCUCAACAUGAGCUACACCAGCAAGGUGAUACUCUUCGCCGUCCUGGUACUCAUCGGCGUCGUAUUCCUAGUCGUCGGUCUCCAUAGCGGAGAGAGUGCCAAGGAAGCAGAACUCAACCAGCAAGCAAAGGACGAAUUCGAGGAACGGUUCGACGCAGAAAAAAAAGUGAGCAAAAAAAUUGAAAAGAGAUUCAACAAGUUUGUCGAGGCGGACAAAGCGGAGAAAGAACGCUUGGGGAUCGUUAAGGAGAGGGAUGUGUGUCCGUGGACUUCGCCGAGUGGGUCUGAGGUUUGA